AUGUACUCUCCUGAAGAAGUGGAAUUCAUAUGGCGUCCUUGGUCUCCCGUUCUCAUCAACAAGGACCUGAAGCUACUGCAGUUUUCCCUCACGAAACCUCUGAAGAAUUCGGUCAACCAGUCAACUUCGGAUGAGCUUGGGGCUGGAAAUCGCCCGGUGCGUCAGCUGAUCGUGGAGUUCCAAUUCUCACGCGAGAUCGGACACCACCUCGUUCAGACCUUCGUGCCGUCGUUCCUCGUGGUGGCUCUGUCCUGGUUCAGCUUCUGGCUUGGGCUAGAGGCCAUCCCAGGUCGCGUGACCCUCUUGGUGACCUCGCUUCUCACGCUGACCACCCUCUUCACGGGCAUUAAAGAGGGGUUGCCUCCUGUGGCGUACGUCAAGGCUAUCGACGUGUGGAUGGCUGGUUGCAUGGUGUUUGUCUUCGCUGCCUUGGGAGAAUUCGUCGUGGUUCGAGUCUUAAAUGUAAUGCACCAACAGCAUAUAGUACAUCCGACCAUCCCCGUCCAGCCUGCGCAGUCCAUGGUGAGGAAGUUCAAAGGUUUGAAUAUCUCUAACUGUCCAAAAGAGAAACCGUUAAAAAAGGUUGGAAUCUCUAACGAUUUUCUUCGCACCGCCACCGCCUCGCCGACUGACAAGCACGAACAGACUACCGAAUACCUACGUCGGUACGGUGUCUUGUCUCACAGCGACGCGGAGGGUAACGGCACUAAAACAGGACAGAACCACAAGAUUACGGAUCUCACGAAGUACAUAUGGCCACAGAAGUACAUCCAGGAACAUAUAUACCCAAAGUUAGCAGUUUAUGAGUUUAUGAGUUUUAACACCCAUAGAAAAACAUCUACGAGUUCUUACAUCCAUAGUUAG